AUGAACCCUAACCAUCAUGGCCAGCCGCCGCUUCCACCCCAGUCACUCGAGCAGGAGUUCCAAAUGGCUCUGACCUUACUCACCCAAUACACCCAGUCCUCGCCUGGCGCGCUUAACGGUCCCCUGCCCGCCGGUUUUACCACCGGGAUGUCUCCCCCACAGGCGGCUCAGUUUUAUCCGAACUCUCAAGGUGCAGCUUCUGCCGCACUUAACCGUCCAACUCAAGCUCAGCAGCAAGCUCAUCGGCCUGGCCAACAGCCUCUCCCUGCCUCAGGCUCGAUCCCACCGGGGUUUUCCAACAAAAUGUCGCCGGAGCAACUCCGCUCUUUCCUCGCCGAGUCUGCAGCCAAUUCUUCGAACCCUCAUCCCACUGGAACACCUUUCAACCCGUCUCCAAUCUCCAUGGCUCGUCUGCCUCCUAACCAACAAACAUCUGCCCAACACGUAUUGUCCCAUCUGUCAAUCCUACCCGCUGAGCACAAUCAGUUGUCUGCUAGCAUCAGCGCGGCUAAAGUAGGCCGUCUAUCCAACGAUCUGGUUGAAGUACUCUUUCGCAAGCUUGGUGCUGACCUUUUUCGUAAGAUGCAACUCGAUCAUCUUUUGGACGCAGCGGGCAACCUCGUACUUCCUCCAUCAGACCCUCAACUUUCCCAACAGGCUCAGCCGAGGCCCGGAAUCAGCGACCUUCCACCUAAUUCCAUGGGCCCUGCUGGUGGUCUCGCUGCCCAGGUUGCAUCGGCUCAGCUGUCCGGCGCAUCAGCUGGUUCUUAUCCACCGCCGCCUACUUCAUCAUCCGGUCUUCCACCCACCUCAAUCACCCCCCAACCGCAUCCUUCACAUAUCUCGAGCGCCCCCCACUCUCGGAUUCCGAAUCGUCUUCCUCACCCUCAGUCGCAGAUGCAUCACUCAAAACCGGGGGAGAUUGACGAGACGUCACUGAGCACGAUGAGACGAAACCUUCUCGGGAUGCAAUCGUUCUUAAACCAGUGUAAUUAUCUUCAGCGCUGUUUAAGCGAAAACGCAAUCCUCCCAACCGAUGCUCAGCCGCACACAAGAGCGAUGUCCGCAGAUGAAAGGACGCAUUUUGAAGCAGAACUCCUCAAAGCUCGCCAUCAACAUCGUUCACUUAAUGCCCAUCUCAAAGUGCUAGUCGACAAGCAUGGAGGCAGGGACACCUUGCAACACCUGCUGAAAGGCUUGUCACCUGGCAUCGGUCCAGGCCCGAGCACCAUGCCCACUAAUCCCACUGGGAUAUUGCCUCAAAGUCAGCAACCACGUCCGCACUCGUCCAACGCCCACCAGGCAUCCGCACAACCAAUCAUAUCCCUACCUGGCCAUCAGCCUCAUCUGAUCAAUCAACAUCAGCCGCAGCAUCCACACCACCUGGGCCAAGCGCAGCAACAGCAUACCGAACUUCAUCAGACGUCUCCUCAUCCAGGUCCCGCCAUUCAGCCAAACCACAAACAAGUUCAUCCACAGCUCCAACAACAAUCCCAGCAAUCCCUUGGAUCCCAUCAGACUGCCCCCAACUCGAGCUUCCCUACGGCUGUUACACCUCAGCAGCAUGCCCGCCAAAUAUCCCAAGGUGGUGGUGGGCAAAUACCUUUUAGCAGUCCGAUGGCCCACCCGGGUUCAACAUCAAACACGGCCGAACACCUCGUACGCUUUCCAAACCCACAGCAGCAAAGUUUACUUCGUGCGGGGAGUCCGCGGCAGGGCGGCCCCGGACCUACCCAGCCACCCCGUCCGCCAUCGGCCGUACAAUCUACGGGCUAUCCAUCGACUUCUCCGCAUUUGGCUCAAGGUAGCCCCCCUAAUAAUGCUGGUUUCAAUCCGCCCCCUACGUUCAAUCUGUCCAAUUCCAACGGAAUUACGCCUGAGAGGCUUAUGGGAGCCUUCAGGGACCACCAAGAACGCAAGGGUGUGUCCUGGAAAGGGCAGCCUGCUUUUCGAGGAAAAGAACUAGAUUUGUGCAAGUUGCUCGGCAUAUGCAUUUCUGGCGGCGGAUUCGACCGAGUCACUGCUGGUGGAUUCUGGGGUCCUAUCGCAGCAAGGUUGGAUAAUAGUAUCAAUCAGUCGGACAACAACGAUAUGCAAGCCGCCGCCAACCAGCUCUGUGAUUUAUAUCGUAACUUCUGCCUUGACGUCGAGUAUGCGGUUAUGAAUUCCAUUAAACGCCCUCCGUCAUACCCUGUCGGCCAGCCUCCCUUGCAAGCCCCCAAUUCGAAUCCCCAGAUUCCCCAAACUUCAACCCCCCACAAUCAACCGCAUUCUCAUGGUCAGUUCCCACAAGGAGAGAACCUUGGCGAGCAGCGUUUACAACAAGGCCCGAUGGACGAACAGACACAUCAUCCUCCACAAACGAAGCCUCCAAGCCAACCCGAGAACACAGAUAAGGAACUACACGUCCCCGUUCAGCAUCUUGCCUCGAAUCAUCAGGGUCCGCCACAUUUCCAGUUUGCGCCGCAACGUCCCAAUAUCCCUCCAAACCAGCCCCCCUCCGUGCAGCGCGAUUUCGUGCCACCGCAUGGCUUUGUUCCACCUGCCGCGAUUGAUAAUCGUCAGCCAGUCCCCCACGGUCGACCUGCUCAUCUGCCGAAUUCUUCGGAAGCCAUCAUGGCCUUGUCUGACGAACAACUUCGUGAAUAUCAACUUUCUGAAGAAAUAAUCAACAAGAUUCGACUGGCUCGUGCGCAGACUCAAAAUAAAAUCUCAUCGCUAAAUCCUGGAUUGCCUCCGCAUCUACCCUCUCAAGUAACUCAACCUCCUCCGCCUGCCGGCCCAGGUGCCCCCGGAUGGGCUGGCCCGACUUCGGCGACGGAAGAAGGGAUACAAAUUUUUGGACCCGACAUGCCCGGCAGCAUCCCCAUCCACAUCUCCUUAACCGGUAUCCCCAUGGCUAAAAUAAAUGAAGCAAGCGCGGCUAUUGCUUCGAUCCGACCGGAUUGCGUGCCACAUGCUAAAACCUUGUGGUCGAAGUAUAGGCAACCUAUGACCCGUGAGCUCAGUCCCAUGGAAAAAGAGCAAUACAAACGCAAUAUGGACGACAUAUCCAUGAUUGCGCAACACGUAACGUCUCGUCUGCCGGAGUAUCUCGCGACGGGUGGGAGACAAGACCAAACUCGACAAAUAAUUGCCUUGAUUCUAGUUUUUCACACUGCCUUGUCCUCGCUCCGCACCCACGAUUAUUAUAUGUCACAACCGGAUAUGGCUCACAUGCGCAAUAGCAUGGAAGCAGCGGGAAAUCUGAUAACUACUCACCUGACUAGCCUUUCCUCGCCUCCUCAACCGACCCAGCACGUACCGGUUCCACAGUCCUAUCAGUCAUCUCAAUUCCCUGUGCAGUCACAAGCACAAUUGAAUGACAUGUCAAAUCCUGCUUUGGCCCAACUCGUGCAGCCCCCUCAGCCCAUUGCACAUUGCCCACAGUUCUUCGAACAUGUCAAGAAGGGUUUGACGGUUGACGAUCUUAACAUGCCGCCAUCCAAGCGGGCGAGGUCUAGUACCUCGCUGGUCACCAGUCCUGACCGCUUUCAAGGUGUUGGGGGUCCCUCGCCAUCACACGAGACGUCGCAGCCAGGUAUGGAAACCUCGCCUGCGCAGAAUCCAAAUGACUUGGCAUCACCUGUUGGUAAUAAUCCCAAGUCGCCUGGUUCGAAAGGGCCUGGAAAACGGAACCCAUCCGCGGGAGGUGCCACCAAGCGCCCGGCACGCAAGCCCUCCGCACAAACCGGUCGAUCAGCCAAACCCUCUCACCAAAUUAUGGCCACCGUCAAAGCUGAAAUUGCUGCUGCUAAAGCUAGGGAAGAAGCGGAAAAAAUGGAACAUAACCAGGGUGGCAAACCCAACACUCCCUCCGCCCCGCCCCAUGAGUCUAGUGGAAACCAACCCAGAGACGCGGCCAAGUCGUCUGUUCCUGAAAAUGCUACCCCGCAGAUUAAUGCAUUUCCCUUAGGUACAUUAGCACCUGCGACAUCGUCAGUACCCCCCACGUCCAAACCUCAACCAGAACCGACACAGAGCGAGAAACCUCCCCACAUGCAAGUGGAAGGCCUUCUGAAAGAGCUCAGCGACUCCAUGUCUAGCGGUGCGCAAGGAAGCACGAGCACGAAUACAUUGGACGACGAUGGUUGGCGCGGAUUCAUGGCAGAUCUGAAGCUCCCAAUUGCCGGUGAUGAUGGCGAAGGUAGUCGACCUCGAGAGGAUGAACUGCUCGGCUCGUGGCUAUUCGAUGAACCCCUUGGGAUCUCGAAGGACAGUCCUCGCUUGGGCGAUGGUGGUGGGUUCGAUAUGAUGUAUAUGGGCCCAGCCAUGGCAAAAUUUAUUGAAUCCCAUUCGGCAUCUGAGCCAAAUGGAGCAAAGGGUGAUCAGAGUAAAACGGAAGGUGGGGCAGCGGAGAAGGGGAAAAGUGGAUCGCAAGAAGGAUUGGGACGCACUAUGUGGAAAACGGAAUCAAUGAGCGACUUUUUGUUAGACACCAACCAAUCAGUCUUUGGGGCUCAAGAAGAAUCAUCUCCGACGGCUACGGGUGAAGGUCGGACAGCAAAUGGCUCUAACGGGAGGUUGACGAACGGAGCGGCUACGGAGACGCCCGAGUUUUCGCCGAGUAAGCUAUCCAGCGAUUCAACCCCCGAGUCUGUUUGCUCAACUGAGGGACACUCUGGUAAUCCUAAACGUCUGAUGAGCACUCAUUCCACCUGCAACAACACCCCACAAGUCACCAGCAAAUCGGUUGGAUCGAAUGACGGACCGUGCUAUUCAAAUGUGGACGAAGAGGACGCGCUGUUGAUGUACAUGAUGGGGUUUGAUGACGAGAGUACGAUCGGCAUGCCUGCUAGCUCUGCCAACGGAUCCGAGAACGACAAGAAGCAUAACGGGAUCAAUCAGUUCAGAAUGCGGGAGGGCAGUGGUGGGUUCACUGGACUGGACAGUCGGAGCGUCUUGAGUGACGAGUUUUGGUCGAGACCGUUUGUGACGAGCACAAGUUCUCGAGAACCUAAAGAAUCUACCAACACCGCCAAAGCCGAUGGGACAGCCACCCAAUUCUUGCCCUCGGCCGCUACUCCUGUGAGUAAUCCCUCGGCGAACGAUCUCCGGGCGCUCAAUCCUCAAGCCCCCUCCGAGCCGGCCAGCGUGCUGGAUUCUGUCGUCGGCGGUGUCGGGAUUCCGCCCGCAGAGAAUCAGGAGGCAGUGACGGUCAAAUGA